CGAAGACGGUCACAAGACAGCCCACGGGGGUCCCAAGACGGCGCCAGAGGCGCCCAAGGCGGCCCGAGAGGGCCCCACGACGGCCCAAGAUGGAGCCAAGAGGGCUCAAGCUGGCCAGAAGGAGAGGAUAUUUCAGUGCUUGCUUUACCGCCGCCUCUGGAGGGCCCGCCCAGCCGCAGGAGCCAUGGCCGCGCGCGGCGAGCAGGACGAGCAGCUCCUCGCGAGGCCCAGCGCGGCCCCGGGCGCUCCUGUCGUCUUGGGCCCGGAGACCGGGGGCGCCGAGGGUGAGCCAGGCGCCGAGGGGGAGCCGAGCCCGUGGCGGCCGGCGCGCGCGCGCGCGGUCGUCGCCGCACUGGUGGCCUGCGCCGUGCUCGCCGCACUGGUGGCGGUCGGUCCGCGGUCGAGGUCGGGCCAGGAGCGCUGGGCUCCACGGUGUCGCUCGCCCUGUCCGAUGAGGACUACAACGAGAUGUUGGACGGGGUAAAUCAAUUGCGCAUGGAGAAUGGCAUUCCUCCCCUCUGCUACAACGAGAAGCUCAACAAGGUAGCGCAGCAGUACGCCGACAAGCGUCGUGAAAACCCUCGGUCGGCGCACGUCGGGGAUGACGGCAGCGACCAUAAAGUCCGCAUAGCCAGGGGGGGUUACGAUGCCUUUCUUUCGGGGGAGCUCCUCUUCGGGGGAGACACAGUCUCCGACGUGCUAUUUUUCUGGAGUCACUCAGGCCCUGGGAUAUACAAUCUCUUUAAUCGGCGCUUUUCCCAGUUCGGCUUCGCAAAGAGCGGCCCAGAAUGGGUGGGGCUGUUCGCCCUACCACAAGGAAAGGAGGCCUGCAUCCAGGCCGGGGGCGGAGCGGAUGGGCACGGCGGCCUGUGCAGAGACUUCGUGCCCGCGGGCGAGUCGUCCUGGCACGACUCCGACGGGGAGACGUGCUCCUGGUACGCAAUUGGCAGUCAUUGCGCGGAUCACGGCCACAAAUACAAGAAGUUCAACCACACCGCCGACACGGCCUGCUGCGCUUGCGGUCGCGUCGAGGGCGGCGGCUGUAUGGAUUUGGUGCCGGACGGGUGGAAGGUGUGGACAGACGGUCAUAACGAACAAUGCAGCUAUUAUGCACGGGAAGGAGAUGUUGACCUCUGCCAGGCAUACGGCGGCAGUGCUCCCCAAGGGGGUUUGACGGCCAGAAUGGCCUGUUGCGUUUGCGGUGGUGGCCGCACGCUUGGCGAAGACCCAACGUCAGAUUUUUUAGCGCCCCCCCCGCCCUCCAGUGGUUUGGGCUGCGGCGAAGAUUGCCAAGAUUCCGCGGAGUGCCAUUCGACCCUAUUCUGUGAUCACAUGCACCAUAUUUGCAUGGACCCUGUGACAUUAUUGAUUUUUGGGUCGAACUGCCACGAGGUCGAUAAAUCUAAUUAUGCCUAG